AUGUCCAACUCCGUGUGGAAACACCUACUGCACUGUGCACUACUUUUGGUAACGAUUACCGUCGUGUUUAAGGUGUUACCCGCCAGCACCGGGCUGUCGAUUGAUCCGUGGGCCGAAUACGGAACCGUCACAACCAUUGCCCUGUAUCUGCUCCGGUUGCCCACAUUGCUGGCGCUGCCUCAGGUACUGUUCAACUUCUUCGGACUAACGGUCUACAAUGCGUUCCGGGAAAAGGUGGUGCUUAGUGGCUGUCCGCUCCUGGCACCGUUCAUCUGUCUGCGGGUGGUCACGCGUGGUGAGUACCCGGAUCUGGUGCAAUCGAACGUACGGCGCAACCUGCACACCUGCACCGAGGCAGGGCUAUCGAACUUCCUGCUGGAGGUGGUAACGGAUCGCCCAAUCGGGAUACCAAAGAACCAUCGCACCCGGGAGAUCGUCGUGCCGAAGGAGUACCGGACGACGAGUGGCGCUAUGUUUAAGGCUCGCGCCCUUCAGUAUUGCCUCGAGAAACACGUCGACGUGUUGAGUGACCGCGACACCUGGGUGGUGCACCUGGACGAGGAGACACUGCUGACCGCGCACAGUGUUCGAGGCAUUCUAAACUUCGUGCUCACCGGUCGGCACCCGUUCGGGCAGGGACUGGUCACGUACGCCAACGGCCACGUCGUCAACUGGCUGACUACGCUCGCCGAUAGCUUCCGGGUGUCGGACGACAUGGGUAAGCUGCGGCUCCAGUUCAAGCUGUUCCACAAGCCCCUGUUCGGCUGGAAGGGUAGCUACGUGGUAGCUCAGCUGCAGGCCGAAAAGGACGUAUCGUUCGAUAACGGGAUCGACGGUUCGCUCGCGGAGGAUUGCUUCUUCGCGAUGCGUGCCUACGCCCUCGGGUACACCUUCGACUUUAUCGAGGGCGAAAUGCACGAGAAGUCCCCGUUCACGCUGGUCGACUUUCUGCAACAGCGCAAACGUUGGCUACAGGGCAUCCUGCUGGUAGUGCGAUCGCCGAAGAUCCCGCCGAUCAACAAGCUGCUGCUCGGUAUCAGCCUCUACUCGUGGAUCACCAUGCCGCUGGCCGUAGCGAAUGGCGUGUUCAUCGCCCACCAUUAUCCGAUCCCUUGCCCGAUCCUGGUCGAAUACGUGAAUGCCUUCGUGGCUGGCUGCAACGCUUACAUGUACCUGUUCGGAGUGAUCAAGUCAUUCCCGUUGCAUCGCUUCGGAGUGCUCAAGUCGGUGGCCUGUCUGUGCGGUGCACUCUGCAUCAUUCCGGUCAACGUACUGAUCGAGACCGGGGCGGUAAUUUUGGGCCUGCUUGGGACCAAAAACAAAUUCUACGUCGUACAGAAGGAAGUCGCUAGGCGCGUCACGGUUUAA